GACCCCGACGAGCCGAAAUACUGCUACUGCAAUCGUGGGAGUUACGGCGAGAUGAUCGCUUGCGACAACGAACUCUGCGCGCGCGAGUGGUUCCAUUUGGGAUGCACGGAUCUGAGAGAGCCACCGGACGAGGCGGUCAAGUGGUAUUGCGAGGACUGCAAG